AUGGGAGUGAUAGUCGAUGGUCAGAUGGUCGGUAGUCACAUCACUCGCUUUGCUGAUGACAUCGUCCUUAUAACAUCAAACACUAGCCAAGUGCAACGAAUGCUUACCGACUUUGUUAAAACCUGUGGAAAAAUCGGUCUUCAAUUAAAUCUGACAAAAACGAUGUCCAUGAUUAACGGAUUGGUUUCGUAUGCCCCGUUCGCGCUCAACGGAACAAAUAUCUCCGAACGCUCCAGUUAUGUCUACCUAAGUCGGGAAAUCAAUGUGAUGAACGACUUAGCUCCGGAGCUGAGCAGAAGGAAGCGAGCGGCUUGA